AUGAUUGACUCGAUAAUUAGAAAGAUUUUCAUUGUCAUGUUAUUUGUAGUCUUCUUGCUUUUUUUUGUGAGCUCAAAUGCUAGAAUAACUCAAUGGGGAUUAGAUCCAUCGCACAACAUUCAUGAACUGGGCGGAUUGAAUCCACUACAUAAUCAUCGAUCAAGAAUUAACAGGGAGUCACCAGGAGGACCCGAUCCUAUACAUCAUCAUCCAAUCUCUACAUUGACUGAUCCUCUACAGAAUCAUCGAGCAAGAAUUAACAAGGAGUCACCAGGAGGACCCGAUCCUAUACAUCAUCAUCCAAUCUCUACAUUGACCGAUCCUCUACAGAAUCAUCGAGCAAGAAUUAACAGGGAGUCACCAGGAGGACCCGAUCCUAUACAUCAUCAUCAAAUCUCUACAUUGACCGAUCCCCUACAGAAUCAUCGAGCAAGAAUUGACAGGGAGUCACCAGGAGGACCCGAUCCUAUACAUCAUCAUCAAAUCUCUACAUUGAUCGAUACUCUACAGAAUCAUCGAGCAAAAAUUAACAGGGAGUCACCAGGAGGACCCGAUCCUAUACAUCAUCAUCCAAUCUCUACAUUGACCGAUCCUCUACAGAAUCAUCAAGCAAGAAUUAACAGGGAGUCACCAGGAGGACUCGAUCCUAUACAUCAUCAUCCAAUCUCUACAUUGACCGAUCCCCUACAGAAUCAUCGAGCAAGAAUUGACAGGGAGUCACCAGGAGGACCUGAUCCUAUACAUCAUCAUCAAAUCUCUACAUUGACCGAUACUCUACAGAAUCAUCGAGCAAGAAUUAACAGGGAGUCACCAGGAGGACCUGAUCCUAUACAUCAUCAUCCAAUCUCUACAUUGACCGAUCCCUUACAUAAUCAUCGAGCAAGAAUUGACAGGGAAUCACCAGGAGGACCUGAUCCUAUACAUCAUCAUCCAAUCUCUACAUUGACCGAUCCCCUACAUAAUCAUCGAGCAAGAAUUAACAGGGAGUCACCAGGAGGACCCGAUCCUAUACAUCAUCAUCCAAUCUCUACAUUGACCGAUCCCCUACAGAAUCAUAGAGCAAGAAUUGACAGGGAGUCACCAGGAGGACCUAAUCCUAUACAUCAUCAUCAAAUCUCUACAUUGACCGAUACUCUACAGAAUCAUCGAGCAAGAAUUAACAGGGAGUCACCAGGAGGACCUGAUCCUAUACAUCAUCAUCCAAUCUCUACAUUGACCGAUCCCCUACAGAAUCAUCGAGCAAGAAUUGACAGGAAGUCACCAGGAGGACCCGAUCCUAUACAUUAUCAUCAAAUCUCUACAUUGAUCGAUACUCUACAGAAUCAUUGA